UGGGCAGUCCUGGCUUCUGCACUGACUGUGUGACUUGGACAAAUGACUUAACAUCUUUGGGCCUCAGCUGGUGGAGUGCUGGAUUAAAUAAAUGGAGGAAGUCUCGCUUGAUCAGUGAAGUCUGCUGCAUAGUCCCGGGGUGGCCUGCAGAGGGUGACAUCGAGGAAACAGUGUCAUGGAAGGAACCAAAGAAGAAACAACAGUUGUCAGUUUGCAACAAGCUUUGCUAUGCAGUUGGGGGGGCCCCCUACCAGGUGACCGGCUGUGCCCUGGGGUUCUUCCUGCAGAUCUACCUGUUGGAUGUGGCUCAGGUGGACCCUUUCUCUGCCUCCAUCAUUCUGUUUGUGGGCCGAGCCUGGGAUGCCUUCACAGACCCUCUGGUGGGCUUCUGCAUCAGCAAGUCAUCCUGGACCCGCCUGGGCCGCCUCAUGCCCUGGAUCAUCUUCUCCACGCCCCUGGCCAUCAUUGCCUACUUCCUCAUCUGGUUCGUGCCCGACUUCCCACAGGGCCAGGCCCUUUGGUACCUGCUAUUCUACUGCCUCUUUGAGACGCUAGUCACGUGUUUCCACGUGCCCUACUCGGCUCUCACCAUGUUCAUCAGCACAGAGCAGAGCGAGCGGGACUCGGCCACUGCCUAUCGGAUGACUGUGGAGGUGCUGGGCACGGUGGUGGGCACUGCAAUCCAGGGGCAAAUCGUGGGCCAAGCGGAUACGCCUUGUCUCCAGGACCCCAACGGCUCUGAGGCGGCCAUGGAAGGUGCCAAUCACACACACAGCAUCGCCUCGCUCAAAGACACGCAAAACGCAUACCUGCUGGCAGCAGGAGUCAUCGCCUCCAUCUAUGUCAUUUGUGCCGUCAUCCUGACCCUGGGCGUGCGGGAGCAGAGAGAACCCUACGAGACUCAGCAGGCUGAGCCCAUGUCCUUCUUCCGGGGCCUCCGGCAGGUGAUGAGCCACGGCCCCUACGUCAAGCUCAUCGCGGGCUUCCUCUUCACCUCCCUGGCUUUCAUGCUGGUGGAGGGGAACUUCGCCUUGUUCUGCACCUACACCUUGGGCUUCCGCAACGAAUUCCAGAAUCUACUCCUGGCCAUCAUGCUCUCGGCCACGUUCACCAUUCCCAUCUGGCAGUGGUUCCUAACCCGGUUUGGCAAGAAGACAGCUGUAUACGUUGGCAUCUCAUCGGCAGUGCCAUUUCUCAUCUUGGUGGCUCUCAUGGAGAGCAACCUAAUCGUCACGUAUGUGGUAGCCGUGGCGGCCGGCAUCAGUGUGGCAGCUGCCUUCUUACUACCCUGGUCCAGGCUGCCCGACGUCAUCGACGACUUCCACCUGAAGCAGCCCCACUCCCGGGGCACGGAGCCCAUCUUCUUCUCCUUCUACGUCUUCUUCACCAAGUUCGCCUCCGGCGUCUCCCUGGGUAUCUCCACCCUCAGUCUCGACUUUGCCGGGUACCAGACCCGGGGCUGCUCCCAACCGGCACGAGUCAAGUUCACGCUGAAGAUGCUAGUGACCAUGGCGCCCAUCGCCCUCAUCCUGGUGGGUCUGCUGCUCUUCAAGCUCUACCCCAUUGACGAGGAGAAGCGGCGGCAGAAUAAGAAGGCCCUGCAGGCGCUGAGGGAUGAAGCCAGCAGCUCGGGCUGCUCUGACACGGACUCCACAGAGCUGGCCAGCAUCCUCUAGGGCCCGCUGGUUGCCUGAGGUCACCACGCAGACGGCCUGGGUCACCAGGCCACACCACGGAGCAGGAGGACCUGUUUGCUCGCUCGCCAACCGGCUGGUGUCCAGGUUCCAGGAAGGGAACAGAAGAGUGGAAAGCCAGCAGCCCAGGACCCCAUCCGUGCUCACUGUGGGGCCCGCCACUCUGGGGCUUCCCGCUAGCCCUCCGCCUGCCCUCGGGGCCCAGCCUUGGGGCAGCUACUGUGACUAUGCCAAGGACUGAUCGGGCCUAGCCCGGAACACUAAUGUAGAAACGUUUUAUACAGAGACUAAUUAAUAACUUAAUGACUAUGUACAUAGCAGUGUGUGUGUAUGUAUAUGUCUGUGAGCUAUUAAUGUUAUUAAUUUUCAUAAAAGCUGGAAAACAGA